AUGGCGCCGCCGCAGCAGCCUCGCACGAGCUACACCAUGUGCCCGACCCCGUCUUGCCGUGCUGGCAAGCAGUGGGAUUGGAACUGGCGUAUUAUCAAGAAUGGCGGAGCUUGCUCGGUGUGUGGACAGGUGCAGCAGCUAUACUCUCCGAAGAAGAAGAAGGACAAGCCCAAGGGAGGACCGCCGAAGGGGCCGGGGCCAGCCGUGCCCGCCGCUUCAUCUCCUGCGAUCUUCAGCCCCUGGGGUAAGGCGAAGCUCAUCAACCAGCUUGAGGCCCUCGUGCAGCAAGAUGCAUCGGUUACGGCUUCAGUUCUCGCCAUCAAGCAGGCAGUUGAGACGCCCGCAUUGCCGAGGUCGCGCACACCCUUGGAGCAGCUCCAGUCCACGGAGGCCAAGGCGAAGCAGGCGGCCACCAAUGCACACAACUUUCUUACGGAGAUUUCAAACUUGGAGACGCGCCUCAAGCAGGCGCGCCAGGACUACGAUCAGGCCAUGGAGGAGCUCGUGGACGCUGAGGAGGCCCAUGAGGCUGCGGUCCUGGCCUACAACAAUGUUCGCGGCCAGACGGCUUCCGAGGUCAAGCCUGAGUCUGUGCCCGAUUUCUUGGCAGCAUAUGAAGAUAAGCUCAAGAGCAUUUCGAUUGAGGAGUACGAGGAUGGAGAGGCCAAGGACAAGCUGCAGACGGCCCUCACGGCGAUGGAUGAGGCCAAGGACCAGGCCGCGGCGGUCAUCCACGCCGUCCAGAAGGCCCUCGAGGGGGUCAAGCUGGCUGCAGCGCAGGCGCCCCUCAAGAGGCGGCGCGUGGUGGAGGUGGUGUCUGGCCCAGAGGCGACGGCUUCGGCAGUCGGCGCUGAGGGUUCGCUGGGCCCAGCCACCAAGGCUGAAGGCGGCGCCGAGGCCAAGGCCCGUGCCUCCAAGGUCAAGGCUGCACGGGAACGGCUCGAGCAGUCCGCUGCGAAGGCCUGCCCAGUCGCGAGGAGUGAGCUGCGUAGCAUCAGCGACGUCGGAGUUGGCACCUGCGACCUCGGCCUCAGGCAGUCCCCAGCUGGCCCGCUCUUCGGGGAUGGGGGUACGAGCGAGGUACGAGGCAUCGUCAGCUCCGUGGAGGCCGACUCCGUCGACCUCGAGCCCAGGCAUCCUCCAUCUGGCCCGCUCUUCGGGGGUGGAGGCACGUGCGAGCUGCGUGGCAUCUUCAGCGACAGCGGAGUUGUCGUCUCUGGCUGCGGGGUCAGGCAGCCCCCAUCUGGCCCGCUCUACGGGGGUGGGGACACGAGCGAGCUGCGAGGCAUCGUCAGCUCCGCCGAGGUUGGCCCCUUCGACCUCGAGACCAGGCAUCCUCCAUCUGGCCCGCUCUUCGGGGAUGGAGGCACGUGCGAGCUGCGUGGCAUCUUCAGCUCCACUGGAGUUGGCUCCGUCGGCUCCGAGUACAGGCACCCUCCAUCUGGCCCGCUCCCCGGGGAUGGAGGCACGUGCGACAUUGGAGUUGGCGUCAUCUACCUCGGUGUCUUGCAACCCCCAUCUGGCCCGCUCUUCGGGGAUGGGGACACGAGCGAGCUGCGUGGCCACGUCAGCUCCGACGGUGGCGCCCCAGUCUACUACGGGGGGUGGCUGCCUCCAUCUGGCCCGCUCUUCGGGGAUGGAGACACGGGCGAGCUGUGUGGCGUCAGUGGUCACGCGGUCGGCUCGUGA